AAUUUUCACCUAAUAAUAAGGCUUAAUACUAACCUUUUUUAUCCACUUUUUUGGGUAGCAAAAGUGCACAACAUUUUAAAACAAAAAGCUAAACACUUUCAAUGGUAAAAGUUGGCUCCACCUUUGUAUAAUGGAAACAACGAAGAUCACAAGAUAACAAAUUGAAAUAAUUAUAUGUUCGUGAUUAUGACGUUUCUGUUGAUAUAAUUUGAUCACUUUUAGUAUAUAAGAGCGGUUUCGGUCAACUUUAAGAUCACAACUUCAACUGUUGACAAACCAACAACAACAACAACAACAACAACAACAACAACAACAUUAGAAAAGAAAAAGUGUUUCUCAUUAGUUCAACUUGUAAACUCUGACUAACCGUUUCAACUAUGACAAAGAUUAUUUAUUUGGCUGCUUCUUUAUUGAUUGUUGGAGUAAUUUCCAGUGCUCAAGCCAAGGGUUGGGAUAACCACCAUGGUGGCCACAGUAACACCUAUAGAAAGCAAGAUGCUUGGGGAAAUUACAAAUUCGGUUAUGAUAUCGUAGAUGGUUGGGGAGCCAAAAACUCACGACACGAAGAAGGAGAUGCUUGGGGAAACAAGCACGGUGAAUACACCUUAAAGGAUGUCGAUGGCCGAGAACGUCGUGUUCAAUAUGUUGCCGACAAGAAGGGUUUCCGUGCGAAGAUCAAGACCAACGAACCUGGAACCGGAUCAAUUGAUGCUGCUGACGCUAUCUACAAUGGACCAGACCCCCACACUCACGGAAACACUCAUGUUCCAUCAGGAUGGAAAGGUCACAGCCACGGUUGGGAUGGACACCACGGUCACGGUCAUCACGGCCAUCACGGUCAUCAUGGACACCAUGGAUGGGGACACCACGACAGUCACGGUCACCACGGCCACGACAGCCAUGGCCACCACGGUCAUCACGGUCAUCAUGAUCACGGACACCAUGGUCAUCAUGGACAUCAUGGACAUCACUAAUUUAUCAAACCUCGCAUCAUCAUUAUAUCACAUGUUUUUAAGUAUUUGUAUAAAAAAACCAAAAAAUGUACAUUAGCUAGAUAGUUGUUUAAAAAAACUAUUUUUUAUAACAAUAUUAAAAAACGUUAGACCGCAAAAAAAAUUUUCAAUAAAUAAAUUUAAUUUAAAUGUCAAAUGUUCAAUGUUAUUUUGUUACAAGUAGAUCAACAAAGUGGGUCCAUUAACAGCCAAUCACAAUACAAACACAAUUAUCAUCGUCAAAUUAAAACGCUUCAUCAUUCCAUCCACCAUUACCAAUGUUUAUAACUCUUUAUUAAUAGUCUGUGAUCCUAAGCUUUCAUUUAGUGUUCUUGAUCCUUUAUCCUGUUCAACAAGCUAAACAAAGUGUGUUCUAUUCUCUUUUAUUCUCAAAAUGGUUGUACCGGUCAUCCAAGAGCAAGUGAAAAACAAGGAAUUACUCAUCGAAGUUGAUUCAAUUGUCAACGACAAUAAAGAUAACCUGGCCAAUGUAUCGCUAUCAUCAAACGAUUCAUUAAGUAAAAGUCGCAGGAAAUGGAGACUCAUCAGGAUCAUCAACAAACUGAACCCAGCAUUAGCCGAAAGGAGAUAUCAAUUUCCCACCUUUAAGUUCUUUUUCGCCUUGUUUUUGAUUAUUUUAACCAGUAUGGUCAUCUAUUGGUCAAUUGCUUCUCGUUCUGUGGCCAACUCUCAACCAGACUGUCCUUCAUCAA